UCAUGGAUUUUUUGUCCGUAUGUCGAUGUGUUUCUUUGUGGGUUUUGAAAAUUCUUCUUGUUCUGUGACGCAUGAGUGAUAUUUUCGUUGAGGCUGGCAUCUGGGUUUCAAAAAUCAAGAAGGAACCUGUAGCUCGUUGUUUUGAUUAUUUGGCUGCUGCUUCGUGAAACUUCGUCUCUCUUGGUGUGCAGAAUAUCUUGGGUUUUUGAAUUUCUUUUGUUCUAUCAUGAUAUUUGAGUAGGAGCAGUACUUUACAAAUUUCACAUCUGGGUUCUGGAAGUCAAAGGAUUUCUUCCUAACAAGAAGAGGCACGGUAAUGGAUAGAAGUGAAGUAGAAGUAGAUGAGAAUCUUACGCCACUACCUUCCUCAUCUUCAGUUGUUGCAGUAGCUGUAGAUGGAAAAAGAAAAAGCAAGCAUAUAGUACAAUGGUCACUGGAGAAGUUUGUGCCUGAGGGAAAUGUUAUCUUCAAGCUGAUACAUGUCCGUGCAAGGAUUAGUUCAGUUCCUACACCUAUGGGGAAUUCGAUUCCAAUUUCACAAGUUCGGGAAGAAGUAGCAGCUGCUUACAUAAAGGAUAUAGAGUGGCAGACAAGUGAAAUGCUUCUUCCUUAUAAGAAAUUGUGUAUACAGAAAAAGGUAGAAGUAGAUGUUAUAGUGAUUGAAUCAGAUGAUGUUGCAAAUGCAAUAGCAGAGGAGGUUGCUAAGCAUGGUAUCAACAAGCUUGUUAUAGGAGCUUCAUCUCAUGGCUUGUUUACAAGGAAACUUAAAGGUGUAUCUUCGAGAAUCGCAAUACGUGCUCCAGAAUUUUGUACAGUCUAUGCUGUUUCAAAAGGGAAGUUGUCUUCUAUACGCCCAUCCAAUAUAGAAACAAAUGGAAGCAUUAGAGAUGACAGUAGUGAGACAAGUUGUUCUACUACAAGUUCAUCAAGCUACACUUUCAGUUCACAGACAGACCAUGGUUUAGUUGCUCCGUACUCCCAUUUUGAUUCUCCUUCCCUACCAAUGCAGCGAUUUCAAGCUCUCACAACUAUUAACCAGACGCUUCUUAAGACAAGAACAAGUUCAGUUGAAAGCAGUCAUUCUAGAUGCCAAUCUUUGGAUAUCAGGGAAGGGAAGGAUGAUCUGAGUUCCUGUGCCACUAAUGCAGAUAGUGGACAUGCACUGAGUCGGACCUCUAGUUGCAAAAGCUUUCCAACAGAUAAUCAGUCAUGGAUUUCUGAUCAAGCUUCCACCUCAGACAUGCUCACUGAGUAUCUUUCAUCUGAGAGCCAGGACAAUUUUAAUUUUGAGCUAGAAAAGCUAAGAAUUGAACUCAGACAUGCCCGUGGAAUGUAUGCAGUAGCUCAAAGCGAGACUAAUGAUGCCUCAAUGAAGUUGAACAAUCUCAAUAAAUGCCGCUUGGAGGAAGCAAUGAAGCUUAAGGAGAUCAAUCUCAAAGAGGAGAUGGCCAAGGAAUUAGCAAGAAAAGAGAAAGAGAGGUAUGAAGCUGCGAAAAGAGAAGUCACACAAGUGAGAGAAUCUGCUGAAAGAGAAGCAUCCCAACGAAAAGAAGCAGAGAUGAAGGCUAUUCAUGAUGCUAAAGAGAAAGAGAAGCUCGAGAAUGCUCUUGUGGGGCCAGUGCAACAAUACCGAAAGUUCACAUGGGAGGAGAUUGAGUCUGCCACCUCAUUCUUUUCUGAAGAUCUUAAAAUAGGAAUGGGGGCAUAUGGAUCAGUUUAUAAAUGUAGUUUGCAUCAUACAGCUGCAGCAGUGAAAGUUCUUCACUCUAAAGAGAAUCACAAGACUAAGCAAUUUCAGCAGGAGCUUAAAAUCUUGAGCGAAAUUCGUCAUCCACAUUUACUUCUCCUUCUUGGAGCAUGUCUAGAUCAUGGUUGCCUUGUGUACGAGUACAUGGAGUGUGGUAGCCUGGAGGACAGGUUGCUAAGGAAAUGUGGUACAACCCCUAUCCCUUGGUUUGAGAGGUUCAGAAUAGCUUGGGAAGUAGCCUCAGCCCUUGCCUUUCUUCACAAUGCCAAGCCAAAACCAGUUAUCCAUCGUGAUCUGAAACCGGCAAACAUUUUGCUUGAUCACAACCUUGUAAGCAAGAUUGGUGAUGUUGGCCUUUCUACGAUUGUUCAUACAGAUCCUUCUUCUAUGUCUACUUUAUACAAGGACACGGGGCCUGUUGGGACACUUUGCUACAUAGAUCCUGAGUAUCAAAGGACUGGUUUAAUCUCUCCAAAGUCCGAUGUUUAUGCUUUUGGGAUGGUGAUUUUGCAGUUGCUGACUGCAAAACCAGCAAUAGCACUGACCCAUGUUGUGGAAACUGCUUUGAGUGAUGGACUUUUAUCAGAGAUUUUGGACCAAGAGGCUGGUAAUUGGCCAGUUGAGGAGACAAAGGAAUUGGCUGAACUUGGACUGAGCUGUGCUGAGCUUCGGCGCAGAGACAGGCCUGAUUUGAAAGAUAAAGUACUUCCUGCACUGGAGAGAUUGAAGGAGGCUGGUGAUAGGGCUCGAGGUUUGAUUUCUAGAGUUCAAUUUGCACCUCCAAGCCACUUCAUCUGCCCAAUUCUGAAGGAUGUGAUGUAUGACCCUUGUGUCGCCGCAGAUGGUUACACUUAUGACCGCAGAGCAAUAGAGCUAUGGCUUGAAGUGAACAACAAAUCGCCAAUGACAAAUAUGCCAUUGCCUCAUAAGAAUCUGAUCCCCAAUUACACUCUUUUAUCUGCGAUCAUGGAGUAUAAGUCCAGAGGCCAAUGACAUUCUCUAUUGGUUUUUCAGAAUAACACUGAAAUUUGUUCCUGGGAGUCCCGUGACCAAUGACAUCUGCCUUUCUUUAUAGUUGUGCAAGUUCUUAAGCAUUGAAUGAAGUAUUUGCUGGCACAAGAUUGUUCUCAUGGGUUCAGGAAAGUGAUCAGGAUAACGCCUACGAUUGUUUCUUGCAGAUUCCUUGAUUGAAAAAUCACUUGUAUUUAUAACCAAAAGCAAUGAAAGAUGAAAAUGAAAACCGAGAUGUUAGUGUUUUCCCUUGUAGAUGCUACUUUUGUAUUUGGCGACUCUGUUUUUGACCGCAUAUCGUCUCAGAUGUGAAAGAUAUUAAUGAAAAGAAGCAUGGUUGAAUAUAA